AUGUUCAAGGUACGUGGGGCAGGAAAAGACGACGACACUGGUGCUCCACAACUUAUGCGAACAAAACUAGCGUGCGAUACCUGCAGAAUCAAGAAGAGGAAAUGCGACGGUCAGAAACCAAUCUGUCAGAGAUGCUUGAAGGACGGACAUCGAAGCUGUAACUUCUCCUAUAACUCUGAUAAGCGCCGUCCUUACAGUAAGAAUUAUGUGAAGCAGCUGGAAGGUCAUAUCAAAGAUCUAGAAAAUGAACUUAGAAAACUGAGAGAGAAAAGCGCUCCAAGAAGCAUUAGCGCACGUGAGGCCAAAGCUUCCAAUGUUGCAGUUGAAACACGUGCGGUGAGAAGAAAUGAAACUGAAGGAGAACAUAGGGAAUCAACAUCGGACUAUGAACGCGACAGUUCGGUCAACGACAGCAUCGAGCUGAACAGUUUGGUUGAUGGACAUGGAAAGUUUAAAACUGAAAAUGGUACAAAAUACUUUUACGGGCCACGCUCCACGGUGUCGUUCUUGAAAGGUGAAGUUCCCCUAAUGACUAUGACGGAAAAUACUGAUCUCAGCACUUUAGACAGGGUGGGUAACAGCAAUGUGACCUGCUCUGAUCAUGAAAUUUUCCUCUGCGAGCUUUACUUUGCGUACCAGAACAAUUCUAUCUUGUUUCUAAGCGAAAAAUUGUUUUUCGAACAGCUCAUGCUGCCGUGUUCCCUGAGAGAUCCAACUUCAUUAACCGACUCUCUCAUUAAUGCCGUUCUCGCACUGGGAUGUAACUUCAAUUCAUCCGAUACAAAUAACCGCCGCCAAGCCGCAAAUUAUGCCGCAAGGUCUCGUCAAUUGUUACAAGAAGAGUUCGAGAAACCGACAAUAAUUACAGUGCAGAGCUGCGGUGUUCUGGCUUUGUUCUACAUAUCGAACGAUCAGGAUCGACUUGCCUGGCAUUUUUGCGCUGCGGCUGUUAGUUGUGCCUACUCCCUGGGAUUGAAUGUUGAUGAGAAAUUUAAGGGCGCUGCUGUUGUUUCCGAGAAAGAAGCAGAACAGAGAAGAAUGGCAUUUUGGACAACUUACUUAUUAGAGCGGACUCUCAACAAUAUGGUGGGACGACCAACUCUUCUCAAAACCGGUUCCAUCAUUUGCUUAGUACCUUCAGGCACGGAAAUGUCAGAUUAUGAGCAGUGGUCAAAUCCAAAUAAAAAUGGCAAGACCUCAGUCAAUCUCUACACCAGAGCUUUUUCGCUGAUAGGAUACACAAUUGAAUUGUUUAUAAUAAGUGCUAAGCCUCUGGAUCAUAUCUAUCUUUCCUUCAAACCAUCAGCACCCUCUGAGCUACAACUAAUCGUGAAUAAAGCUGACAUUGAACUCUCACAGUUUGAGAGUAGCUCCCCGGAAUUUUUGCGUUUACAUUUCGUUUUGGCCCCAGAAAACAGAGCCCAAGUUUCGCCAGGGCUAUUUCUGUUUCAAAUGAGAUAUCACAAUAUCAGAAUUCUGCUGCAUCGUGUAUUCUUUCUUCGCAAUUUAGAGCAAGAAUAUGCCGACCGAAAAGCUCUAUUUCACAAGACAAUAUGUUUUGAGAGCGCCAUGGCGACCAGCAGGCUUAUAUCGAGGUACGGAGAGGAGUUUGGUUUAGAGAAUCUUGACGUAUGUGCUGCUGAUUUGAUUUGUACAGCUGCAAUCAUUUUCCUUCAUUUACGCAAGCAUCCGCAAUUGGAAGAGUGGACGGCGGAAGGAAACUCCAAGGUAAGAAACGCGCAGAACCUAUGCUCAAGAAAGUACAGUAAGUUGAAAUUAGCUCUUCAGUCCAUGUCAACUACAAAUCUGUGGUCAACAAAAAGUCUAUCGGUUUUGAAUCGAUUGGAGGAGGAAUGGUAUGUUGAUAGUACAUGA